AUGCAGAUGUUCGUGUUGAUGAGCUACUUGUGCGUCAGUAUGGUGGUAAUCCAGUACGUGCAAGCAGCCCCUCAAAUGUCCGAUGCUCAAUUGGAGAAGACACUGGCAGACAGGAAUACUAUGCGUCGACACAUCAAGUGUGCGAUGGGUGAAGGUCCAUGCGAUCAAGUUGGUAAAAGGUUGAGAAUUUUGGCGCCGCUGGUACUCCGAGGAGCUUGCCCUCAGUGUUCACCUCAAGAGACCCGCCAAAUACGCCAGACUCUUGCAUUUGUUCAAAGAAACUACCCCUGGGAGUGGGCUAAAAUUGUACGUCAAUAUGGCUGA